UGUUUGCUCCGUGCUAUCUCAACCAUGCACACCCCCCUUCAUGAGAUGUGGUUAUAAUUCAAGGCUAGAGCGCGGGCUUUCCCCGUGGGACGUCGGCGAAAGGUCGCGCGCUGCACUGUAGCCCAAGUAGGAUAACUGCAUACGUGGAGUGUGUCUGAAAGUGUAGCCCGAUCCGCUCUCGCCUCCCAACCAGUGUCGCUGCGGCGUCUUGUGACCAGACCUACAACAGGAUAGUCCGCUCGACCUGAGCACUGUUCCUGGAGCGAGAGGCACACACGUUCAUCACCCUCAGUGGCUCCACACCGCAGAGAGGUAGUCUAGUCAGAGUUGUGUUGAUUAUAGAGACGAGACUGUUUCAAACAGUUUCUGCACGCACCAGAUUAGCCGCGGCAUAUGGUUGGGAAUUGGAAAUACCUCCCGGCGCACGAGCGCAGAUCUGUGUGUGGAGCGGUUCCGUUUCACGCCGCUGAGAAACGGGGAUUAAGAGCGACAGGGAACGUGUCAGCGGCACGGACAGAACAUCCCAGCCUCAUCCCCAGACGCCAGCCCCUAGCAGCACCAGCCUCACAGCCUCCCGGCCCCCAUGGCACUUGGCACUGAUUCCCACCACAAGGACAUAUGGUGCCAACCCUGACCCCUCUCCUCGCCCGCGGGGGACCACACCGCCACAGAUAGAUCGCCCUUUGACAGGAACAGGAAGAGGAGGGAGCUCCGUCGCCACGGCAACUCCUAGCCCCACAUCCUCCCCAAGGGCCUCAGAUAAACACAUUCACACAGCAGGACUUCAGUGAGGUCCCUGUUUUGUUUGUCGCCGGCUAAUUUGUGCCUUUGAGAUUUCACCACCAUCAGACUUUUUCUUUAGGCGUUCCAUUCCAUGCCUGUUUAGACUGUAUGAGAAUGUGCUGAUGGACCAGGACCAGUGCAGGAGUAUGACAUUAGUUUGCUGAAAGCCAGUGAAACUUCAUCCUGUGUGGGACUUCUCCUCUUUCCCUCCUGGCUGGCCUGGCCUCUCAGGCCUGGAUGAAUUAUUAAACGGACUCCACAGCCAAGCUCAGGCUCAGUGCUGCUGGGAGCUCUAUAGGCCUCUUUAAACCCUUGCUGAUUGAAGGGAUCGGAGUCACGGGUCAUAGGUCAAACGACACUGCAAAGAGAAAAGAGGUAGAAGCAGUUUCUGCCGUUUUAACUGCAGAUCAAAGCAAAACCUCUGCAACUCACUGGCUCCCUUGGCUCUCAUCUCCUCCAGACAGAAGUCAAACAACCACAAUUUUGUUUAUUCUUUACAGGACAUUAUUAUUAUAUUGAACCCAUUAAUACUUGAUCUGCAGACUGAUUACCAUAUAAUGGCCGACUCCUGUUAAAAAAAAAAAAAAAAAACAGAAGAGCACUUCAACAUAAAAUUAGACACUAAUGGCUUGGUGGGAUGAAUUCAGCAGGGCCAAAUAACAGAGGAGGGAAUACGGUGUCCCUAAAGCGUAGCAGGUAAUUGGAGAAAAGCACAGCUUCUCUGUCGAGCCGACCGACAGACUGACCUUCAGGCUGAAAACUCGGAACCAAAAAGGCAUGAACUAUCUGAUUUUCAAGGCUUACGGUUAUCUCUGGGAUUUCAUCAUCGUUAUCACAGGGAACAUUUGCAUAACUGAAAUAUGCUGCACUGCACAGAACUACCAUCAACAUUGUUGGGUGCAGACGUUCGGGAGAAGCCGUUGUCUGCACCUGUCUGCUAGAAAAUACGGACGAGAGACUACAGUAGAGCACAGGGAGAGAAAACAGAGGAGCAGAUGAUAAAGGUAUCUAUCAGGCUCCAUCCUGGUCCCAUAGCUCUGAGGGUUCAGUGACGGGCUGCAGUGGAUUACAUGAGGGACCCUGUGAUCCACAAAUAAUACCUGUAAUCCAGUGAGAAGGAACUGUGAUCCGGAGAGAGGCCCAGUGAUCGAUCCACUAAGGGCUGCUGUGAUUCACUGAGGACUGAGAGUUUCAGAGAGGAGGAACUAUGACCCAGCACUGAGCAUACCAGUGGUCCAGGUUGUGUCCUGUUAGUGUUCUGCAGUGUCGAGCGUGGCCGUCAGGCUGGGAGAAUCAGGAUGCCAGAGCUGGAGGACUUCCCCCCGAUGCGGGGUGACCAGCCGGCUGGUCCUGACCCAGUCCAGAUCCAGCGCAGCAUACUGGACGAGCAGGUAGAGCUGUGGUGGUUCCGCGACCCGGCCAAGUCUCUGCUGUGCUACUCCGUCGCCGUCCUACUCAUCCUGGGCUGCGGCCUGGGGGGCAUACUCCUCCUCUCCACCACUACCAGCUUCUCUAGUGACUGGCGCAUGGGAGCGGGCAUGGCUCUGUGUCUCUUAGCUCUGGCCGUCCUCCUCAAACAGCUCCUGAGCUCCGCCGUGCAGGACAUGAACUGCGUCCGCAGCCGGAGGCGGAUCGAUAUCCUGAAGAGCGGAGGGCUGUCGGAUCUGUUAGUGGUUCUCAUCACAGGGCUGUGUCUGGUGGUCUGUGGGGCCGUACUGCUGAAGCUGGCACUAGAACACCACAUGCCCAAGCCUGGCGUAGCCCUUAAUGAUAUGUACAUCUCUGGGGUGGUGUUGUUAGCUGGAGGGGGGUCAGCGGUGGUGGGGGUGGGAGUGUACACGGGGGUGGUGUUCCUGUUGGAGAGGACGUGGCCGGGACAGAGUUUCAGGGAUAGGGCCAUGGGGGUGUUCACUAUCUCUGGACGACACAUGGACCAGGGUAGGAGGGAGACCACCUCGAGCUUGGCUAACCUCAUCUGACCUGACCACCAGAGACAUAGCAUGGGAUAGGUAGCCCAAAACAGCAGAUGACCGCAACACUCAUAUGGCCCAGAUCUUAUCCAUAUAUGGGCACUGGGGAGGGUUGGAGCUUAUUGGUCAGCUCUGGCUUGAGGUAUGUGGGCUUGUAAUUGCUGGGGCCCCAUUUGGUGUGAACGUGGGCCACAUCCACCUUGCUGUCUGGGAGGGACCAAUGGACAUCACAUGUGAAAAUGGCAUUUGAGCAAAGUGGCCGCCUUUUGAGCAACUAAGUAUCAAUUCAAUUUUGCAGGUCCAUGAAUUGCAAUAUGGGAUAGAGAGCUGUGUCAACACAACAUGUUUUAUUUUAAUGAUUCAAGCAUGGGCCAUCCUUGGAUAAUUACUUUUAUGAGAUUGAACCCCAGCAGAGCACUACUCUCUAUAAUGUGAAAUAAACAGAAUGACAGUGACACAGACACUGGUCCCGGACACAGAACAAAGAUUCAGAUUCAUAAUGUGUCUAAUGUAAUAGUAUCAUCCACUACAAAGCAGUUGGUGAAAAAGCUGCUGUAUGGAAUAAUCAUGUCAUAGAAUAAUGUAAACAGGUUACUGAACUGUACGAAGUGAUUUCCUGAUAAAUGUCACAUUUUGUCACCUUUUUAUGUCACAGGUUUACAGCUGUGUUGGGUAGUCAAAGGCCUUGCAACUCUACGAAGAAUCUGAGGAGAAUGCCAUUGUCGCCUGGUUGAAUGGUACAAUAUGGUUUAAUUGAACAAAGCAUCUGUGUGUUUGCGUGUGUGUGUGUGUGUGUGUGUCUGGCCCUCGCAACUCCUUAUCAGGCAGUGCAUGUGAGCUGCCUGUUGCUCAGAGACAAUAGGGGUCACUGAGGCGGCCAUUGUUGUUGUACCGACGGCCGGCCAGGCCAAUGGACAAUGGGCAGGCUGUGGAUCGUAAGGGGUUGGCAUCGCCCAGUACGGCUUUCCCUUACCACCCACUAACACACACACACACACACACACACACAGCAGCGGCAGCGACUGUGGCUGUAAUCCCUCAUUGACAAGGGACUGUUCUCUGACCUGAAGUCUCUCUCUGUCUCUGCUGUGCAAUGCUAUGCAGGACAUGCUCUUUAGGUGGUGGUGCCAAGUAGGUCUGUGCAUUCACGACAGAGAGUGUGAGAGACGACAGCCAUGAAACAGUGAUGGGAGAGGAAGCGAGAAAGAGAAAACAGUACAAAAUAGCGACAUGAGAGCAACAAGACGAGAAAGAGAAAGAGAGACAGAGCUAAACCCUCAGGUGCAGUCCACCUUAUAGGCCAUAGGGGGUCCAUACUCACAAACUUGUGCUUAAACUGGCAGUUUAGACCUUAGGUUUAAAAUGUAUAUCUGCUAGCUUUUCUCAUAGGCAAACCUGGCACAAUUGGCCAUCUGGCUACCAUGAGUCAUUUGUAUAGUGAACAAAAAUAUAAACGCAACAUGUAAAGUGAAAUAAAAAUAAAAGAUACCCCAAAUUUUCCAUACGCACAGAAAGCUUAUUUCUCUCAAAGUUUGUGCACAAAUUUGUUUACAUCCCUGUUAGUGACCAUUUCUCCAGGUGAGGCAUAUCAAGAAGUUUUUAAAUUAGCAUGAUAAUUACACAAGUGUGUUGGGGACAAUAAAAGGCCACUCUAAAAUGUGUAGUUUUGUCGCACAACACAAUGCCACGAAUGUCUCAAGUUUUGAGGGAGUGUGCAAUUGGCAUGCUGACUGUAGGAAUGUCCACCAGAGAAGUUGCCAGAGAAUUUAAUGUUAAUUUCUCUACCAUAAGCCGCCUCCAAUGUCGCUUUAGAGAAUAUGGCAGUACGUUCAACUGGCCUUACAACCGCAGACCACGUAACCACAUCAGCCCAGGACCUCCAUAUCCAGCUUCUUCACCUGCGGGAUUGUCUGAGAACAGCCACCCGGACAGCUGAUGGGUUUGCAUAACCAAAGAAUUUCUGCACAAACUGUCAGAAAACGUCUCAGGAAAGCUCAUCUGCAUGUUCGUUGUCCUCACCGGGGUCUUGACCUAACUGCAGUUCGGCGUCGUAACCAACUUCAGUGUGCAAAUGUUCACCUUCGAUGGCUACUGGCAUGCUGGAGAAGUGUGCUCUUCAUGGAUGAAUCCCGGUUUCAACUGUAUUGGACAGAUGUCAUACAACGUAUAUGGCGUCGUGUGGGUGAUUGAUUUGCUGAUGUCAACAUCAGGCACGGUGCCAGGAUUUUUUCUUUACCGGUGCAAAGGGGGGGCUUGACCAAUACGUUGGGGUGCGAAGAAAAUUUUCAGGACUAUUUACAAGGGCAUUUAUUCCAUAUGCAUAAUCAGACAACUGUGCAUUGGUAAUAAUGUUUCGGAUGAAAUGGCUAUCACAACGUCAGAAAUUAAUGCCUUGGUUCUUUCUGCGUGUAUGGACAGGCAGGCAAGCUUGCUGAGUCAAAGGUUUGCCCAGUAUUUAAUUCUGUAUAUCAUGAUGCGUGUACUUAACAUUUCUAGGAUUAUCUGAGAUGUUCUGUGCCACUGCUUUGUCGAAUUUGCCUAUGACCUGUAAAAGUUCAAGGAAGUUUCCCUCUCUGUGAAAGUCCCUGGUAUGCAGUAAAACGCAAUGACUCCACAACUGCUCUCAUACUCUCUGUUCUCUGACUAUUUUCGAAUGUCCAUCACCUAGAGCUUUGCAUAUUGUUGAGCCAGACUCUUUCUGAAUAGUCCACUCAUUCCACGCUGUCAUUCCAUAUUUAUGCUCCACACUAGCAUUGUGUGUCUUGAACAAACUUGUCGCCUUCUUCCAGUUCUGGUAGCCAUCGUGGGUAAAUUUUGCCUUCUCGCCACCAUAGUUUCCUGGACGUUGAAAGUGGCGGCAUGCAAAGCAGAAAGCACAGUCCUUUGAAAUAGAAUAUUCCAGCCAUUUGUAAUCCUCAUACCAUCUACGAUUGUAGUAGCGAUCUUGCUGUCCAACUAUUGUGGCUGGAUUAUGCCGAAGAAGAGGGUGCCUUGGUUCUUCAACAGGUGACUGGCUUAAAUCAGAGGGAGUGGUGGCUGUGCUAACAGUGCAGCUAACGGUGGCUUUGGAGCAGCUAGCAGUGACGAACUGCUCUGGUGCUCCCUCACGUCGUGGCUCACGAGUUUCUCUCUCCGACUCAUCUUUCUAAUCUCCCUCUGCAGCCAGGGAUCAGAUUGGAACAGAAUAGCUGGUUAUUAACUUUUACAUAUUUCUUUAUUUAAAAAUUUAAAAAAUACUAAAAUGCUUUUGAGGGGGCUUAACUGGGGCUACGCAGAUUUGUGAUGUAGCUAUAGCCCUCCCUAGCCCCGGUGUAGCGCAGUGCCUGGUCAACAUCGUGAACAGAGUGCCCCUUGAUGGUAUGGGCAAACAUAAGCUACGUACAACGAAUACAAUUGCAUUUUAUCGAUGGCAAUUUGAGUGCACAGAGAUAUUGUGACAAGAUCCUGAGGUUCAUUGUCGUGCCAUUCAUCCGCCGCCAUCACCUCAUGUUUCAGCAUUAUAAUGCACUGCCCCAUGUCGCAAGGAUCUGUACACAAUUCCUGGAAGCUGAAAAUGUCCCAGUUCUUCCAUGGCCUGCAUACACACCAGACAAUUGAGCAUGUUUGGGAUGCUCUGGAUCUAUAUAUACGACAGCGUGUUCCAGUUCCCCCCAAUAUCCAGCAACUUCGCACAGCCAUCGAAGAGGAGUGGGACAACAUUCCACAGGCCACAAUCAACAGCCUGAUCAACUCUAUGCGAAGGAGAUGUGUUGUGCUGCAUGAGGCAAAUCGUGGUCACACCAGAUACUGACUGGUCUUCUGAUCCACGCCCCUACUUUUGUUAAAGGUACAGUAUCUGUGACCAACAGAUGCAUAUCUGUAUUACCAGUAAUGUGAAUUAGGGCAUAAUUAAUUAAUUUGAAUUGACAGAUUCCCUUUAUAUGAACUGUAACUUUGAAAUUGUUGCAUGUUUGUCACAAUGGCGUGUAUAGGUGGCAGAGGAAGUCAGGCGCAGGAGAGUCAAAAUAGAGUGUAGCAUGGAGUACUUUAAUAAUAGUCCCAGUAAUUAGCUCCAUAACACUCACGGAAAAUUAUAAUACAAAAUCUGGGUAUGAAGACCCAUAGCACACCUAUACACAGAACACACAACACUUGACAACGAACACUGUGAACAGCCUACCUAAAUAUGACUCUCAAUUAGAGGAACGCCAAACACCUGCCUCCAAUUGAGAGCCAUACCAGGCAACCCUAAACCAACAUAGAAACAGACAACAUAGAAUGCCCACCCAAACUCACGUCCUGACCAACUAACACACAAAACUAAACAGAAAACAGGUCAGGAACGUGACAAUGUUGCAUUUAUAUUUUUGUUCGGUGUAUGUUCGGUAACAAAAUAAAUCAUCUUAAAUGGUAGAGCCACUAUCCAAUUGCAUUUCUUAAACUAGGUCAACUUGGCUACCAGAGGUCGUUCCCCUUGGUCUGUAACAAGUAAAGUGUGCCAAUAUUUGCAUGAUGCAUCUUUGACUAGGCUAUUGACAUUUUUUUUUUACGGAAAGAAAUAUGUAGGAGGAUUAUACGUUUAUAUUCGUAGCUACGUUGUUUAAAAAAAAGGAUGGUGGUUUUGUCAAAUACUGUACCUCUUUUAUGCUUUCACUGACUGGUGGUGCAGUCUGCUAAGGCGGUAUGCUCAAAGUUUGGAGGAUGAGACGGCUGUGAGUUCAUAUUUCACUUGUGGCAACAACAACAACAAAAAAUUGGGGGGGAAUAACGCUUCACUACUGGUCAUCAAGUCAAAUAACGUAUAUUUCACAAAUUAAUCAUUAUAAAAUAUACAUUAGACAUUGUAGGUCUACAAGUCCAUGUAAUGUAAUAUGAUUAUUAGGUCCUUGCAGUGUGUUUGUCUACUAGUCUGAAGAAAGAUGUAGCUCCUUAUUAAAUUAAUUCUUAAUCUUAA